AUGGCGGCUGACCGCGGCGGCGGUCCGCCACCACCACAACCACCACCCCACAGCAGCAGCAGCAGCACAACAACAAAAGACAGAGACACAGACCAGCCCCCCCACCCUCCUCCUCCUCAUCCUCCUCCUCCUCCCCGUCACUCCACAUCCACCUCCACAUCCUCCUCUACACCAUCCUCAUCCUCCUCUUCCAAAGACACAAAGGACAGAGACACCAAAGACAGAGACACCAAAGACAAACCCCCAGCACCCCCCCCGCACCGCACCUUCCCCAAGCCCUCCCCCUCCACCUCCUCCACCUCCUCCUCCUCCCAUCACAUCCCCAACACCAACAACAACAGCAAACAACCAAACUUCGACGUCAUCAUCGUCCCGCAGCACUCUGGCGGCGGCGUCAUCUACCUCCCCAGCCUCUCCGUGCACCGCAACUCCUUCCUCGCCGGCGUCGCAAGCACGCUGUCCCUCCUCGCGCUGCUCAAGCUGUUGGCGCCCGUGCUGACCUACUGGGGGCAGAGCUGGGCCGCCGCGAGCGUGGGCAUCGCCCUGGUUAGUGCUGGUGCCGGCGCGGUCCUUGCUAGAUCUACUACUGGGGGCGACUUCUGGUCGGGAAACACAGGGAACACUAGUGGGAGUUGGGGAGCCAGACUAAAUCGUCGUCGUCGUCGUCGACUUCUUCUUCGUCGGGUUCUGCUUCCUCUGCGAGGAGACCGGCAGAAGCAUCAGCCCGAGCUUAAGCCGGACACGCCGCCGCCUUCACCGCCGCUGGUGCCUGUGGUGACGAAGCAGAGGCAGGACAAGGACAAGGACAAGGCGGAUAUCAAACAGGAGAAAGCGGAUAUCAAGCAGGCGAAGCGGGAAAAGGAAAGGGAGGAGAGUAGCAAUAGUACUAGUAGCAGUAAGCAGGCGGAAAGGAAGGAUCACAAGGAACAGAAGGUGCAAGAGCGCCCUGAAGAGGAGGGAAAAGACAAAGACAAGCACCGAGUAGCAAUACAGGAAAAUCAAACCCAAAACCAAACCCAAACUCAAGACCAAGACCAAAAAAAGGAGGACCGGACAUCACAAAUACAAACACAAACAUCACAGGAUCCCCAAACAAAAACCAAACCCCAACCCCAAAAAGUACCACAAGAAAAAGCAGCAUCUCAAGAACCCACUGCAAACCCCACACGUGACACCACCGCCGACCAAUCAGAAGACGACGCCAACAUCGCCCGCCUCCAACAAGAACUAGACCAAGAAACCGCCCGCCUAACCGCCGACCUCGCCACCAUGCGCGACUCCCUCGAAAAAGACCGUCUCCGCACCGAACUCGCGCAGAAGGAGCGCCUCCGCAAGCAACUCGAGCGCGCCGACAAGGACCGCAAAGAGAAGGAGCGCCUCGCAAAGAUCAAAGCCGAGCGCGAGCGGCGCGAACGCGACAUGCUAGCCAAGAUGCGCAACACCGAGCGCGAGCGCGUCGAACGCGAGCGGGUUGCGGCCGCCGCCGAGGCCGAGCGGCUGCGAGUGGAAGCCGAGCAGCAGGAGGCAGCGCGCCAAGAGGCAGAGCGCGUGGAGAAGAAGCGGCUGGCGGAGCUGCAGCGCGUCGAGAAGGAGCGGUGGGUAAGGGAGAGCCGCGAGAAGAUCCGCGUGGAGAAGGAGCGGCGCGAGAAGGAGAAGGUGGAGCGGGAGCGCGAGGAGCAGCAGCGGCUGGCAGAGCUGGAGCGGGAAAGGCUGGCGGAGGAGCGUGCGGUGCGGGAGCGGCUGCAGCGCGAGCGGGAGGAGAGGGAGCGUGUGGAGCGGGAAAAGGCGGAGAAGGAGCGGUUGGAGAGGCUGAAGAUUCAGAAGGCUGCGCAGGCCGCGAAGGAGAAGGAGCGCAUUGCGCGCGAGGCUGCGGAGCGCCUGCGGCUCGAGCGGGAGAGGAGGCUGAGGGAGAAGAGCGAGAAGGAGCGGCUUGAGAAGGAGCGUGUCGAGACGGAGCGCCUCGAGCGGGAGCGCCUGGAGCAGGAGAAGCUGGAGAAGCAGCGCCUGGAGCAGGAGCGCAUCAAGCGGGAAAAGGAGGACAGGGAGAAGCGCGCCCGUCUGGCCUCUGAGCGGGUCCGGGCGGAGAAGGAGCGUCUUGCAAAGCUCAAGGCCGCGGAGAAGGAGCGAAAGGCCCAGGAGACGCUCGAGCGGGAGCGGCAGGAGAAGAAGCAGAAGGAGGAGAGGGAGCUGGCCGAGUCGGAGCGCAUCAAGGACAUCCGCGACAAGGUCGACAAGGAACGUCUCUCCCGCGAAGAGGAGGAGAGGCGGAUAUUGGCGCAGGAGCGCGCAGAGGAGGAGCGGCUCCAGGCCGAGCGACAGAGACUGGCAAGGGAGGCCCGGGAGAGGAUAUUAAGGGAGAACGAGGAGAGCGAGAAGUUCCGGCGGGAGCUGAUGGAGGAGGUCGAGGCCAGUCGGGAACAGGAAGAGCGCAUGAAGCGGGAAAAGGCCGAGCGAGAACGCCUGGAAAGAGAGCGACUGGAGAAGGAGCGGGAAGAGAAAGAGGCCCGGCAAAAGGCUGCAGCGGAGCGACUGCGACUCCAGCGCGAGAGAGCGGCCGCAAAGGCCCUGGAGCGAGAAAAACAGGAAGCAGAAGAAAGAGCAGAGCGGGAAAGAGCGGAGAGACUGAAGCAAGAGAGACAGUCAGAAGAGCAGCGACAGCGAGAACGAUCAGAGCACGACCGACUGGAAUGGGAGCGACACCAGCGCCUGAUGCGGGAGAAAAGCAGUGCAAGACGGCCAGAGCACGAGCGUGUGGAGCAGAUCUCAUCAACACCUCGAAGACAUCAUUCCUCAACCAAAUCACUGCAAUCCUCAUACCAGACACCGCCCCCUUCAGGCACGCGCAGGCCAAUGAGCGACACAUCCACAAACUCGCGAUAUCACCUGAAAUCCUCACAUUCCGACAAAUGUCACCUCCUCCUCAAACGGCCACCGAACCUCCCCACCACCCCACCGCCCCCGCACUCACCCCCCCGCAAGGCAUACACCACCUCCGACCCCUCGAAGAUCGUCCUCAAGGCCGUCUACACAUUCACCAACAGCAACCCCACCAAGCCGCAAUCACAACUACUCCCCGGCAAGGGCGGCGUCAGCGAGGCCCUCAUCCUCCGCAUAACGACCGAAGGCCUCUUCCUCGACGACGUCCUCAAGGCAACAGGCCUGCGCGACUACGACGUAAAGACAUGGACAAUCAAGCUCAUUGAGAUCUUCUGCCCGCGCUAUGUCCCCCCGCCGCCGUCCACAAACGGAUCAACAAAGAGCUCGUCGAUAAAGUCGAAUCCGGUGCGGCGGCUGUUUUCGCCGGGCGGGUCGAGUGUGGAGAAGGGCGCGGGUGAGGAGGAUAUGGAUGCGGUGAUAUGCGGGAUACAGAAGACGUGCUAUCGCGAUUGCUUCCAGAUGAAGCGCUCGGGCGGCGGGAUGGCGGGGAUGCAUAUGGUGCGGGCGACGAUCAGGGAUGCGGAGGCGAGGAGGUAUGUUUUUCUGGUAGACGAGGAGGAGGGCUGGAAGAUUGAGGAGGGGAUGAAGGUGCUGAGGAGUGGGAGUCUGGCGAGGAGUAUGAUGGUGGAGGGUAUGGGGAGGGAGGAGGCAGGCAAGCUGAUUAGGAGUGUUGCGGUGGCUGCAUGA